AAACCCUUUACGCUUCUUCCUCCAUUGUUACUUCUCACAUCGAUUGUCCCAAAUGCCAACUCUUGAUUCCGCCGCCAGAAUGCUAGGGGAGCUCCGACGCGCCGCCGCAGUAUCCUGUGGAUGUGCCAGCUCCGGCCAUGUUCUCACAGUUAGGCAUUUCAGCUCCGCCGCCGCCGCUGUUUCCUCUGCUACUGAUUCCGACCCGGCACGUUCAUCUUCCUCCGAUUCAAAGGGAAAAGCGUCUAAAUGGUUGCUGUUUCUACCUGGGGUGAUGACAUUUGGCCUUGGGACCUGGCAGUUUUUUAGAAGAGAAGAAAAGAUUAAAAUGUUGGAGUAUCGUGAGAAGAGAUUGCAAAUGGAACCAUUGAAUUUCAGUAGUGCUUAUCCAUCAAAUGAGGAAUUAGAUUCUGUAGAAUUCAGAAAGGUUGUUUUCAAAGGAGUUUUUGAUGAUAAAAAAUCAAUCUUUGUUGGACCACGUUCAAGAAGCAUUUCAGGAGUUACUGAAAAUGGCUACUAUGUUAUAACACCUCUUAUGCCAGUUCAUAAUUAUCCUAACAGUGUAGGUUUUCCAAUUUUAGUCAAUAGAGGUUGGGUUCCUCGCAGUUGGAAAGAUAAAUUUUUAGAGGAUUCACAAGAUGAACAGUUUGCGGAUGAACUUCCUUUCCCUUCACAGGCUGAUGGAACUAGAUCUUGGUGGAGAUUUUGGGCUAGAAAGCCUGUCAUAAUUGAGGAUCAGGCCCCUUCUGUAACACCUAUAGAAGUAGUCGGUGUAGUUCGUGGAAGUGAGAAGCCAAGCAUAUUUGUUCCACCAAAUGAUCCUGGGUCUUCCCAGUGGUUUUAUGUUGAUGUUCCUGGCAUUGCCCGUGCCUGUGGCCUUCCAGAAAAUACUAUUUACGUUGAAGAUAUUAACGAGAAUGUCAACCCGAGUAAUCCUUACCCUGUUCCCAAGGAUGUCAAUACCUUGAUUCGAAGUUCGGUUAUGCCGCAGGACCACCUAAACUACAUAUUGACAUGGUAUUCACUUUCUGCAGCCGUUACUUUCAUGGCUUUUAAGAGGCUCAGACAGAAAAGUAAGCGGAGAUAGCAAAGACAUUACUGUUACAGUUGAAAUUUACAGGCACAUACACCCUCAUUUCGCAUCUAGAUAUAACUAUCUCUUUGGAGGAUUGUCUUCCCUAUCUUUUUCUUCAAAUCUCAGUUUUCAAGAAUCAUUUUCAAGCAUCUUCAGCUAUUCAACUGAAGUCUUUUCAGAAAGGUACCCACCCACAUAAAAAACAAUGGUGAAGUGAAAGUGGAACAAUAUUUACUGAACAAAGUAAUUUAAUGGGGAUAUAAUAGUGGAUAUUCAUGAUCUGAAAGGUUGAUUUUUUAUUAGAAUUGCAAGUACUGUCUGUGGUUGUAUAAGGAUGUGAUUAUAUUUGGAUUUGUCUGUAAGGUUAGGAGGUUAUGAUAUGCUUCAGUCUUACUGACUUAUUGUUCAACUAAAAUAAAUGAGAUCAAACUCUAGUCAAGCUUUUGAAGAGAAGCUCAA